UUUUCUCUUCCUCACAGGAUUUUUUUUCAGAUUUUCCUCCUUUCCCUCCUAACUUUCCUUAAGAAACAAACACAGAAGAACAGUUAACUGAAUCAUCAGUGUGUGGACAGUGUGUUGUGGUUUGGAGAAAGUGAGACCGGUGUGGCCGCGGGGCUGUGGGCGGUGCACAGCCUCAGUCUGGCGGCUCGUCCUCAGUCAGUCAGUCGGUGUGGAGGAGAGCGGACGGAGCGGAGCUGCGCACCGGGACCCGGGAUCUGUACCACACACACACACACACACACACAGCGGCGACAACCAGCCCUCAGAGCGACCGACGCCACCGGCAGGAGCUGAGCUGAGCGGAGCGGAGCAGCAUGGAGCUGUGAGGGCAGAGCACCGACCGGGACCUGCUCCCUCCAAAAAAUCACUGUCUGAUCUGUUUAUUUCCCGCAUCUGCGAGAUUUCCCCCAACAUGGAGACCAGAGGCUGCUGUCUGCUGCUGGCUGCUCUGCUCAUCCUCCUCUGCCAACGAGCUGACGGAUAUGCUUACAGGAAUCAACGCAAGUUCUCUGAAGACAUCGACUGGUCGUACGCAGGAACAUUAAACCAAAACAACUGGGCCAAGAAGUUUCCAUCUUGUAGCAACGCCAAGCAGUCUCCCAUCAACAUCGAGGAGAACCUGGCCCAGGUGAAGUUACAGUACCAGAAGUUGCAGUUUGAAGGCUGGGAGAGUCUGACAGGCGACAGGACGACCAUCAAGAACAACGGAAAGACCGUGGCGGUGGAUGUGGAUGGAGAGUUUUACAUCAGUGGAGGAGGCCUCAGGUCAAAGUUCAAGGUCGGACGUAUCACCUUCCACUGGGGGCGCUGCAACACCUCUUCAGAUGGCUCCGAACACAGUCUGGACGGAGUCAAAUACCCUCUGGAGAUGCAGAUCUACUGUUAUGAGUCUCAGCGCUUUGACUCUUUAGAUGAAACCAUCAAGGCCGGAGGCAGAAUCACAGCACUCGCUGUGCUGUUUGAGACGAAUAGUGAAGACAAUGCAAACUAUGUGGCCAUCGUAGACAGUAUCCUCAGUGUGAGCAGAUACGGAAAAAGUGCAGAGGUUUUGCCCUUCACCCUCCGAGGUCUCCUGCCAAAUUCCACAGAGAAAUAUUUCAUCUACAACGGCUCUCUGACCACACCGCCCUGCAGUGAGAUCGUAGAGUGGAUCGUCUUCAAGAACACAGUGGCCAUCUCUGAUGAACAGCUGGAGAUGUUCUGCGAGGUGAUGACGAUGCAGCAGGCUGGAUACGUGAUGCUAAUGGACUACCUGCAGAACAAUUACAGAGAGCAGCAGGAGCAGUUCAUGGGACAGGUGUUCUCCUCAUACACCGGCACUGAGGAGGUCCUCAUACCAGUCUGCAGUUCUGAGCCAGAGAACAUCCAGGCGGUGCCCUACAACCUCAGCAGCCUACUGGUGACGUGGGAGCGGCCACGGGCGGUGUACGAUGCCAGCAUUGAGAAAUAUUCUGUCAGCUAUCGACUGGCCAACGUGGAAAACUCUGUCCCUGCUGAAUACCUAACAGAUGGAGACCAGGAUGUGGGGGCGAUACUCGAUGAUCUUCUAGCCAACAGCAGCUAUGUGGUCCAGGUGGUGGCAGUCUGCACCAACGGGCUGUACGGACGUGUGAGCGACCUGCUGACGGUUGUCAUGCCCGCCGACGACCCUGAAAAUGUACUGGAUCCUCAUUCAGAUGAAUUUGAUGAUGAGGGCAACUAUGAACCCGAUCUGCCCUGGAAUGAACCUGUCCAAACUGAGGAUUACAAUUUAGCCUGGGUUCCUAGAAACUCACCAAGAACCACGACUUCUGGAUCAAACCUUUUACCUCUACCUGGCAUCAGAACCACAACAGCAGAACCAAGUCAGAGAAGAACCAGCACUGAUCCGCUACCCCCUGCCAGAUCCACUCAUUCUGGUCAUGUCCUGAGCCAGUUGGAAGAGACAACACCCCACAGUUCCUCCACACAGCCACCAGAGGUCACCCUGCUACCAGAAACCAGAAAAGAAGCGGACUUCAGUGGCAAUGCUCCCUUUUACUCCACAACAACGUCAACAACAACAACCACCAAGGGAUUCUUCAUUUCCACUUCCACUACUCCUAUAUACUCCAACACAAAGACAGAUGGUGUUCUUGGAGGCAUCGGACCAAUAGGUGGUGCCAGCACCACUACAUCGACAAUCGCAAAGACAAAAGAUGGUAAAGGUAUUUCCUCAUACAGCACCACCACGACCACACUAAGGUCUCACACCAGACACGCAAGCAGCACGACACCAUCAUCAUUCUUCAUCCAGGCUGAGAUUGACAGAGGCCUGGCGCAGCCCAGAGAUGAAGACACCACUGCUGAACGUGGAGGACUUCUAGAGAUCCAACCUUCAACCUCCCAACCUUCUUCAUCAAGUGAAGCUGUUCCAAGUAGUCCCACAAGUCCCAGCAUGCCUCAUUUUUCAUCUUCCACGACCUCUGUCCGGUUGAGUGCCGUUCUCUUGCAGACAUCCAAGCCACUGUCCAACGGUGAGAGCCCCUCUGUCCUCCCCUCCUCUUCCUCCUCCUCCUUCGUCUCCUCCCCUCUGUGUGACAACAUGGACCCAGACACCGCCCCCUCCACCUGCCUGCAUGACCCUUCUUCCUCGUCUUGGCCUUUGUUGUCUGCCUCUGCUCCGGACUCCCAGCAUGCCGCUAUCGCACUGUUGUCUAGCAAAGACCUGGCUUCUCCUUCAACCCCCACGCUCACUGCCUCCACCCUGCCUCACCUCCCUCACCCUUCACACCCUCUGUCUGGUUGGGAGACUGACCCCGUCUUCCCUGGUGUCGGGUUCGACGAUAAUGAUAGCGAUGGUGAUAUGUUGUCUGGGUCUUCAUCUUCGUCGGUUUCUUCAGGUGACCCCUUAGUGUUUAGUGAUACCCCUCCUCUCCAAACAAUGCCUGAUCCGUCUGGCACCACUGUCGCUGCUGAGCCGUCCGAAUCCUCCUGGGAUCCGUUGCUCUCAACAGUCUCUCUGUCUCUCAGCCCCACCCUCCAGCCUUCAGUUCUCCUUUCUAGUGACGUCAUCCUUUCCGGUGCAACUCCAGGCUUAUACCGCUCUUUCUCAGCUGGGUUUGAGGACUCCAGGUACGCCACAGGAAGCACAAUAGAGUCUUUUCUCCCUGAGGUUGCUGGUGAUGGGUUUUCAUUAGCUAGCGAUGUGGAUACCAUGUGUGGCUGUUCUCUGGAGCCGUCAGCAUCCUCGUCCUGGUUGCAUGCCUCUCCUCAUGUCCCCCUGCCAUCCUCAGCCUGGGACUCUGCUAGCUUAGAGCUUUACUCUAGUGUUGGCGUCCUUUCGGCCUCUGGUGUUGGUAUAGACAACCUUCUACACUCUCUAUCUGUGGCGGGUUCUGAUGGUCUGUCCUUAGACCAGCCUCUGCUCUCCCAUAGCAACAUCUCCCCCUCAAUGUCCUCUCUGCACUCCCACCUUCUCCAAGCCACCCAUAGUGACCAGCCCAUUUCUGUUGCAGCCACAGCGUCUGGCGUCGGGAAUCCCUGGUUCUCUGCGUCAGAUGGGAACUCCGCCCUCCAUACCUCUGCCUUCCCUUCCUCACCCACAGACUCCUCCCCUUUUACCCCCACCCCAGAAGGACAGGUGUUAGACACUAGCAGCAGUGCCUCUGGCUCGGCCCUGUUCCCUGACUCCCAGGAGGGUGUAGAUCAGGAGUGGGACAGGGUUCAAACCUCAGCCUCGGGGGAGAGCGCACUCCCUUAUUCAACCAAAGUCACAAACACCGUUCCCCCAUCUACAGCCUCUGAGUCUGGCCAGACCCCAGAUGAUUUGGACGAUCGCUCCUCAGCAUUCUAUUUUGAAAGCGAGAGCGGCAGUGCCAUCACCUCAGAGGUGGGAAGCACUGCAGCUCCAGCCACUCCUGCAGUAACCUCGGCUUCACCCUGGUCACUGGGUGGGGAGGAGGAGAGCGGCUCAGGGCAGGGUGAAAGCCCGUACGACAACGAGACGUCCUCUGACUUCAGUAUCUCCGAGCGCACAGAAAGAGACUCAGAGGAAGAGGACCUAAUUGCAGACUCCAGCAGCAUCAGCCGCGAGUCGAGGGUCGGUUCGAUCAGGGAACGAGAGAGGAAGGCUGUGGUUCCUCUGGCUGUCAUCUCCACCCUCACCGUCGUCGGCCUCAUCGUCCUCAUCAGCAUCCUCGUCUACUGGAGGACCUGUUUUCAGACAGCUCAUUUCUACAUCGACGACAGCUCCUCACCCAGAGUCAUCGCUGCUCCGUCCACAGCUGCAUUAACAUCUGAUAAGGAGACUACUUUCCCAGUGAGGGACUUUGUCAAACAUGUUGCUGAACUUCACGACACUCAGGGCUUCCAGAGAGAGUUUGAGAUACUGAAGGAGAGCUACGAGGAGGUUCAGGCAUGCACGGUGGACAUGGGGAUGACGACUGACAACUCCAACCAUCCUGACAACAAGACUAAAAACAGAUACAGCAACAUCCUGGCCUAUGACCACAGUAGAGUGCGGCUCUCGUCUCAGGCUGAUAAAGACGGAAAGACCAGAGAUUACAUCAAUGCAAACUACGUGGAUGGUUUUAAAAAGACCAGGUCGUACAUCGCAGCCCAGGGUCCUCUCAGGUCAAGCACUGAAGAUUUCUGGAGGAUGAUCUGGGAGCAAAAUGUUGGCGUCAUCGUCAUGAUCACGAACCUGGUGGAGAAAGGACGAAGGAAGUGUGAUCAGUACUGGCCAACAGAGGUGCAGGAGGAGUACGGCAGCUUCCUGGUGACGGUGAAAAGCAGUAGAGUCCUCGCCUAUUACACCCAGAGGACAUUCACCAUCAGGAACACCCACGCCAAAAAGGGCUCCCAGAAAGGACAGAGCAAUGAACGGACACUGAUGCACUACCAUUACACCCACUGGCCCGACAUGGGCGUCCCAGAUUUCGCGCUGCCGCUGCUCAGCUUCGUCCGCAAUUCAUCCGGGGCCCGGACGGACAGCAUGGGGCCAGUGGUGGUACACUGCAGUGCGGGUGUGGGCCGGACGGGAACCUACAUCGUCCUGGACAGCAUGCUGAAGCAGAUGAGAGACGAAGGCACCGUCAACGUCAUGGGCUUCCUCAAACACAUCCGCACACAGAGGAACUACCUGGUCCAGACAGAGGAACAGUAUGUUUUUAUACAUGAUGCUUUGGUGGAAGCCAUCUUGUCUGGGGAGACGGAGGUGGUGGCAGCUCACCUGUACAGAUAUGUGGACGAGCUGCUGACCCCAGGGCCUGCUGGGAGGACACGCCUGGACAAACAGUUUAAGCUGGUUUGUCAUUCUGGAGUGAAGCAGUGCGACUACUCUGCAGCUCUGCAGGACUACAACCGCAGCAAGAACAGAAACUGCUCUGUGAUACCAGUUGAGAGGUCACGAGUGCGUCUGUCAACGUCAGCGGGGGAAACGUCGGACUACAUAAACGCAUCGUACAUUGCGGGUUACAGGCAGAACAGUGAGUUCAUCAUUACCCAGAAUCCUCUGCCAAGCACAGUAAAGGACUUCUGGAGGAUGAUAUGGGACCACAAUGCCCAGGUCAUUGUGUCGCUGCCGGGGUCACCAUCGAGUGGGAUGGAGGAGGAGGCAGAGGGGCUAUGUGUCUUCUGGCCGCACAAGGGGCAGCCAAUCAGCUACGAGAUGUUCACAGUCACGCAGAGGAGCGAGGAACACAUCUGUAUGACCAAUGAGGACAUGUUGGUGGUUCAGGAGUAUGUACUGGAAGCCACACAGGAUGAUUACGUUCUGGAGGUGAAACAUUACCGCACUCCCCACUGGCCAAACCCAGACAGUCCCAUCAGCAACACCUUUGAACUGUUAAACCUGGUGAAAGAACAGAGCACUGCCAAGGACGGCCCUACUGUCGUCCAUGAUGAUGUGGGUGGAGUCACAGCAGGGACAUUCUGUGUUCUGCUAUCUCUGACUCGCCAGCUGGAGGCUGAAGGGUCAGUUGACGUCUUCCAAGUGGCCAAAUUGACAAACCUCAUGAGACCAGGAAUAUUCAGCGACAUUGAGCAGUAUCAGUUUCUGUACAGAGCCAUGCUGAGUCUCAUUGGGACGCAAGAAGAUGAGAAAACCCUCCAGUCCGACAACAACGGCACUAUCGUGGUGGGAACUGCCAGCACAGCAGAGAGCCUUGAAUCCCUGGUGUAACUGCCCAAAAAAUAAAUACACAAGUAAACACAAAGAACUUUUUAAAUGAGCAACAACAUUUGAUUCUUCCUCCUCAGCUGCAAACAGAUCUUCUGAUGCCAGAUUCAUACUACAGCUAAUAAAUAAAAACAUCUUUGUAAUUCAGGACUACAUCUGUUGUAGUCUGAGGCUGGCAUGUACUGAGCCAGUUUCUACUUUGCUGGAUCUGGACUUUGUGUGGUUUUGUAAUGUGUGCCUUUUUGUAUUUUUCAUCCUGUAUGUCUAACUUUGAUACAAGCUGUAGACUAACUGUACGAUGUUUUUAACGCUGAACUGCCCUGAGAUGUUUUCACUUAACUAACAAACAUUUCCUAAACCUUUGUAUUUAUUGGCACUGAGCCAAAAUGGGGAAAAAAAGGGAAAAACUCCAAAUCUUUUUACAUCAAAUGAGAUAUUUUGUCAGCUUGUCUUUUAUAGAGCUUGUGCACUGAGCUCCUCUGUAAAUACCAUCACAAUGGUAGCAGCAGUGUGCUAUUGAAGUCAAAUAUAAAAAUAAGGGCCUGGAAUAAUAAAAAUAAUAAUAAUCUAAUGUAAAUAAUAUUAUAGUAAUCACCUCGAUGGACCAAAUUUCUAUUUAUACUUUUAGAUUUUUAUAUUUUACCAUUUUUAGUGCAUUCAAAUGUUAUGGUUUAAUUCUAUUUGCUUAGUUGGAGAACAUUAAUGCUUUUAUAUUCUGGAUUUUGUAACAGACUAAACGUGAUGCGUGGGGUACUGACAUGUUUGUUGUUUUUUUUUUAGUUGGACAUGAAAUACUGCUGGAUUAUUAGAUAGGGGAUUAAAUAAGUGAAACACCAAAGAAAGCCUGUUGGACUGUUUUGUUCUGUGUACAGAACUACAACUACAAAUACACUACAACUACACCUGAUUUUGAACAAAGAUUGAUGUGUUUUAUGAAUUGGGAGGUUCUUUAACACAGCUGUGAUAUCAACCAGUGAAGAAUCGUUAAUUAUUACUCUGACUUUGGGCGAGGUAAAUAACCUAAAUGCUCUUUUCGAAAUCAGUUUGACCAACUAAGAUUUUAUUCAGAUGUAACUACCAGUUAUGAAGCUAUUUUCUCACUAAUGUCUUGACGCUAGUUCAAAGUUUCCUGAUCAUAAUUCUAGUCUAAACAGUGGUCCUGGAUUGCCACCCCAUUCUUCCUGUAAAGAAUUUCAACUUCAGCGAAUGAAAUGUUCAAGAAAUGACUAUUGAGAACCACAGUAAGUAGUCUGUAAGUCCUAAAUCAGGGGUAAAACAUUAAAUGAACUUCCCUUGUCUCUGACAACAGACAUUAAUUAAGUGGCUGAAAACCAUGAGCUAGUAAGGAUUGCAUGAUAGCUACCUACCUUGAUUGCCAACUUGUGUACAGGCUCAGUUGCUGUUCCUAGGUCUGACAAGCUUUGGUUUCUUUUUUUUUAAGCCACUGACUGUUAACCAGGUAUUAAAGGCCCCCAUAAAAACACACACUUUAAUCCUUUCUAUAUACUUCACAUGCUAACAAAUUGACGUGACACUCCAAACUCCAUGGAUACCACAGAUUGUUUUGGUUUCAAAAAGCAGAUGCAAAUUAAUGCACGUUUCCAAACUCAACUAUUGAGACUGUUACUAGUACCCAAAGUGCAACACUACUUCUUGAGAAAUCUAAAUCUGGAGCCGUCAAACUGUCCUAAUGAACCUCUACCAUCAAACAACGCUAACUGAGUUUGAAGCUGGGUGUC